CAGAGAGGGAGAGCGAAAGAGGUGGGCGACCGAACGAACGGUUUAGAGCCCUUGAAAAAGUGGAAUCGAAUGGGCCAGUCUUCGGCCUCACCGUCCGUUUACUGUUAGGGUUGAACUGCAAUAAAGUAUUCUACAUUUCGGAAGGAGAACGCUUUUGUGUCAGUACGAGGGAACGAUGAAAAUGGCUUCGUUCGACCGCAAGCUCGUCGCUCUACUGUUAGUCUGUUCCAGCGUCGGUAUUCUUGGAGCAGUGGGCGAAGUUUUCACGGCGCUGGUGGAACUUGAAAACUUGCUCCUCACCGAAGGGGCAAUAUUGAACACAUUACAGAAAUAUUUAGCUGAUGAGGAGAGCAGGCUAGAACAAAUUAGGAGGUUUAGGGAGGAAUUCAAGAAGUUCCACACCGCUGCAAACGACGCAGAUGAUUUCAUGUCAAAUCCAGUGAAUGCGUUCUUGCUCGUCAAAAAGCUUACAGCCGACUGGAAGGCAGCCUCAAAGCUCAUGUCGAGUGCCCAAGGAAAAGAACUGGUUGAAAACAUAACACAAACCACAGAUCUACGAUUCCCCGACGAAGAAGACUUGACAGGAGCCGCAGUGGCUCUACUGCGUUUGCAGGAUACGUACAGGCUCGAUACUGCCAGUCUUGCUAAGGGCCACAUUCGGGGUGCAAAACCGUCACCGGAAUUGACAGCCGGGGACUGCUUUGAAUUGGGGCGGCAGUCGUACAACAAUGAGGACCACUAUCACACAGUGCUGUGGAUGCAAGAGGCUCUAGAAAGGGUGGAAGAGGAAGUAAAUAAAACGGUAGAUAAAGCUGAGGUCCUCGAAUACUUAGCCUUUUCGACUUACCAGCAAGGCAACACCAGGCAUGCAUUGAAGCUGACGCUCGACCUGCUGGCUGCCGCACCUGACCAUCCCCGUGGUCGAGGGAAUAUAAAGUACUAUGAAGACAUUCUUGCAAAAGAAGAAACUCAUAAACGUGGUGAUGACGGUGAUGUUCCGGUGGAUCACAGCAUGUCGGCAAGAAGCCGCCAUGGCGUCCUCGAUGAUUCUGAACGAGGAAUCUACGAAAGGCUGUGCCGUGGUGAACAGUUCCCACACUUGUACAAAGAUUGGCAGAUGACAUGCCAAUAUGUGACAAAUGGCAACCCAUACCUGCUCUUGCAACCCGUAAAAGAGGAGGUCAUGUUUCCUAAGCCUCGCAUUGUCGUCUACCACGACGUACUUUCCGACAGCGAGAUGGAAGUUGUCAAGAAUUUAGCCCAGCCCAGGUUAAGGAGAGCUACGGUACAGAACUACAAGUCUGGUGAACUGGAAGUAGCUAAUUACAGAAUUAGCAAAAGUGCGUGGCUCAAGAACAGUGAACAUGAAGUUGUAGCACGGAUAACCCGAAGGGUGGAAGAUGUCACUGGACUGACAGCCACAACAGCUGAAGAGCUGCAGGUGGUCAACUAUGGCAUUGGUGGUCACUACGAGCCACACUUUGACUUUGCCAGGAGAGAGGAGACAAAUGCCUUCAGGAGCCUCGGCACAGGAAACAGAAUCGCGACGUGGCUCAAUUACAAAGGGAAGAAAAAUGCCUUUCACCAUUUGUCAAAUGGGAACAGAGUUGCAACAUGGCUUAACUACAUGAGCGACGUCUGGGCUGGUGGCGCCACGGUCUUCCCACAGCUGAGGAUUGCGCUGUGGCCAGAAAAGGGAGCUGCGGCGUUCUGGCACAACCUGCAUCGGAGCGGUGACGGGGACGUGCUGACACGGCAUGCUGCCUGCCCUGUCCUCGCCGGCUCUAAAUGGGUCUCAAACAAAUGGUUCCACGAGGCAGGCCAAGAAUUCUUGAGGCCAUGUGGCCUUCGUAUCAACGACUGAUAAAAGCGCCGGCAACCCGGGCAGGGGACAACGAAAAAGGCGGUCAUGCCAACGAGUUCCAGGCAGCUGUACUCCUGGCACAGGGUUGACAGGACACCACGUCCGUUGCUAUCUUUUGCGACCGCCGAAAGUGGAGCUUUUCCUCCGACGUUUUUUUAGAUAGGAUUUCCUAUUUUUAUAUUGUACAUGCAAACAGUCUAGUCACAUUUACACUUAAUAUGUGCGGUCUCGUUAGCCUAGAAUGGACCACACCAAGUGUAUGUGACAAAUUGUCCACCCGGUCAUACCUAAGAACAUGUUUUUUUUUUUCACGCAUCUUACACUUUCCUUUUUUUUAGAAGCAUUAUGUAUUUACCACUGUUUUGCUAUCAUAUGUGGUUUGACCUUUAAUACCAAAGCGCAAGGCAGCUCUAAUAGCUUUUUAUCACUCAUAUUUGUACCUGUUCCUUUGUGAAAUAUUGCGCUACUAUUGCAAUGGCUGAAUUCACAAUUAUUUUGCGAAAGCUGCUGAUGCACUGUCAGCAGAAAUGCUUUAUAAAUUGUCCCAAACUGGGAGAAGACUCACGCUCAAUACAUCUUUGCUGUUCUUGAACACAAAUGAUAGCACAUAUGCAUUGUUACUGUUGCCAUUGCCUAGAAGUCUUUUUUUUUUUUAUGUUAUGUGAGUGUUUACAUGUAUACUAUUGUAUAAUCUGGUCACAAACCUGUUCUUUUGAGGUUCCUUUUACUGUUAUAAAUGGUAGUAUAUAUAUGUCGUAUUUUGUAGAGUGGUAGCAGUGGAUCAUCUCUAAAAUCAAAGUAACCUGUUCAUGCAUACCUUGUUAGCAGUUUCACCUUUUGAACUGAAACCAAUAAUUCGCCAAGCCAUGUGAAGAAGCUGCUAGACCAUGCUUUUGAAGAUGAUAUUUUUGGGGAUCUACGUCUUGUCUCGGGGGAAAACGUCAUUUUUGGAUAAAUGUUUUCAGUGGGGGAACCCCAGCUGUGUAUGAAACGCCAUAAAUAAGUGACGACUUAUUAGCAAAGCAAGGACACGGAUAAAGUUGAAAGCAAUUGCCACGUGUGAAGAUAAGCAUGAGGCUAAAUGUGUAAAACAAGGUUAAAACGUGUCAGUGAAGUAGUCAUUUCUGUGUUGUUGUUGUUGUUUUUUUCACGCAAAUCCAGCUGAUAAGAUAAGCAGCACUAGCAAAAAGUAUACGCGCAAUAAUCGCAAUGACCCAUCCACUAGAGUUAUACAAGCGGGAACAAAUGCUCAGAGAGUUUUGCAAUAAGUUGUCAAACAUUGUGCCAUGUUUUUUGUUUUACCCGCAUUCAACUGCUAUUGCGAAUCUCAUUUAUUGUAAAUGCUUUUACAGCAAUAAACAUAACUUUUCCUUUCAA